AUGGCUCGUACAAAGCAAACAGCCAGGAAAUCACCAGGAGGGAAGGUGCCACGUAAGCAGCUGGCAACCAAAGCUGCCACGAAGUCUGCUCCGGCCACUGGAGGAGUAAAGAAGCCACACCGUUUCAGGCCCGGGACGAUAGCGUUAAGGGAGAUCAGGAAGUACCAGAAGAGUACAAAGUUGUUGAUUCGUAAGCUUCCGUUCCAGAGACUGGUGAGGGAGAUCGCUCAAGAUUUCAAGACGGAUCUGAGGUUCCAAAGCAGCAUCGUAGCGGCUCUUCAAGAAGUUGUGGAGGCCUAUCUGGUUGAUACUGUUAUUUUCCAUGUUGAUUUUUGGCAUUAG